GUCAGUAGCUUCGUUUCGGGAGUCGCCGUCGUUACGCAGCUCGACAAGAUGACGAAAAUGUCAUUGUGUAUCCGCGCUUUCACUGUUUUCUUGGCUGUCAACGUGGUCGUUGGUGCACCAAGUAACAAUUACGAGGAGGACCUGAAGGAAUUGACAGAAAAAGAGGAAACAGACUUUCUCACCUUUCUAUUGAAGCGAUAUGGAAAUAAUAUUGAUAACAAGAAAAGAACAAUUCCCACCCUCCGUGACGGUACCUGCCCAUCUGGCUAUAUAUUCUGUUCUGAGCUCCAUUGUGUGGGACCAUUAACAGCGCAAUGUGAUGGACGGAAUGACUGUGGUAACUGCGCUGACGAGAUUGGCUGCUCUGCUCAGAUAUUGGCACAAAGUGGAUGUCAAGGUGCGCAACCAGUACAGAGCGGAAAUACUGGUGGAACCGGAAGCGGAAACACUGGUGGAACCGGAAGCGGAAACACUGGUGGAACGACAAGUGGAAGUACGGAUGGUACUAAUGGAGACAGCAGAAUUGGACAGGGACAGAAUAAUGGUAAUAGUAAUGGUAACGAUGGCUCAGACGACGAGCUUUGUGAUUCAGCUCCUGGUUACUGCUGCGAUAAAACAGGCAAUGUCAAAUCAAACAGUGGUCUUGAUGAGCUUCGACAGCAGAUAUUGAAUUCCCAUGACUACUUCCGGUGCUUACAUGGCAGUCCCUCAAUGACGAUGAAGUCAGAUCUUAACCAAUUUGCACAAGAAUGGGCUGAGAAUCUGAAAUCUGCGGGGUCGUCUUUCCACAGCGACAGAGGGGAGAACCCGCCCGAUCGUGGUGAAAAUAUCCUGACCGUUGGCGAUGCCUGGAAGUUCCCCAAAACCGAAGAUUUCUAUGGAAGAUAUCCAGUCGAAUCUUGGUACUCUGAAAUUGCCUCUUAUGAUUUCAACUUUCCACAGACAAAUCCGAGUAAUGGUCAUUUUGCCCAGGUUGUCUGGAAAGAAAGCGUGGAACUUGGCUGCGGCGUGGCCAUCGAACCAAAGCAGUACUACGACAAGUUCUAUGUCGUGUGUCAAUACAGAUCACCUGGCAUGCUAAGUAACCUGGAAGAAAACGUAGGAAACUUGGUCUACUGAGAUGAUAUACCAGUAUAUAAGAUAUCUAGAAAAUGACGCCAUCUAGUGGCCACGAUAAGCAUAUACUCCGAGGAGAUUUAGAAAUACGACUGCAGAGUACAAUCAAACGCCACCAACGUUCGAGAACUUUGAAGAACUGUAUCACGGCAUGCGCAUAAUUUACUACUACUUUAUUGUUCAGUGGUGGCUCCCUGUAGUAGUGUGAAUUCUGUGUCUUGUCAUUAUCAAUGAAACCUAUUCAGACGUUGGUGGCGUUUUCUCUAGCGAUCCAUGUGAAGCAAAUAUUUCUGUGACGGAGAACGAAAGACGGCGGCUCCCAAUAACACAUUUCCGUCACACAAACAUUUAUUGCAUUAUAUGAUAUGAAGUUUUAUGAAAUAAAUCAACCAUAAAUCA